GCGACGCCUCCAGGCUGUAGGGGGCAACGUCACUCUGUUGUUGACAUACGUCAUCACUAUGCGACGGCGCAUCCACAGCAUGCUAACCAAAUAUCAAGGAGCGCCAGAAUUCCUCUGUAAACAAAAGGAAAAAUAGGAUUUUUCACACCUUAUGCCCAAAGACUGAUGGGUGGGUUGUAGCAGCUGCAGUGAUGAGGAUCCUUCUGCAGGGUCCCGGCCAUGCUGCCAGCGUUCUCGCUGAGCUCAAUCGCUGCCGUCAGACCCGCCAGUACUGCGAUGUCUUUCUGCAAGUUGGAAACCGAACUUUCGCCGCCCACCGUGCGGUUUUGGCCUGUGCUGGGACGUACUUCCAGAGCCUGUUCAGCCGGGCUGCCGGGCCGUCUGCUGUCUUCUCUAUAGAGUUUGUCUCUCCUGCUAACUUUGAGAAAGUGCUGAUGUUCGUGUACACUGGGCAGAUCCUGAUCGAUCUGAUCGAUGUAGGAGUUCUGUAUGAACUGGCUGAGAGGCUUGGCGUUGGUGAGCUGGUGAGGGCUUGUCACGCUACCUUCCCUGAUCUGCAGGCGUCUUCUGCGUGCAGAGCAGUCGGUUCUGGAGAGGUCCCCCUAGACUCCUGCAUGGGCGCUCCUGCAUCCACAGCUGUCAGUGCAGCCUCUGUUUCAUCUGUAUGUUCCUCUGUUGCCUCUUGCUCCUCCUUGUCUUCACCAGCGGGGCCGUGUACUGCUGCAGCUCCUGCUGCCGCUCCUUCACCUCUCUUCCAUUCCAGGACCAGCAGGCCAGAAGCUCAGACUGAUGCUCUUACUCUGGAAGUCAAAGCAGAAGAUGUCCAAUCCCAUAUAGGCUACGGGCAGCUGGAUCAUCCAAUACAUGGUGGUCAUCUUUUAUCCACUGACAACCUUUCUUGUCAGGCUGAUGGCGCUCUGCCCCCUGAGCCGGUGCUUCAUCUGAAAACUGAGCAAAUCCUGGAGGAUGGGGGGACAGAAACAUGUACAGAAGGAGACCAAAACACUGAAGUGAUUUCUGUGACUGUGAGCGACUCUCAGAACAUCAAUCCCGCCGCGUGUGACUCCUGCUCCCUCCCUGACUCCUCGGGUCAGCUGGGAAUGGAAGCCUGCCCCCCGACGUCGUCCACAGAAGAGCAGGAGGGCAGCCUUCUUGUUGGAUCGGUGGAGGGCGGCGUGAUGGACAUACAGAGAGAUGGCGGACUGAUGUUUGAUGACGGGGAAAUGGGGGGACCUGUGGAGCAGACGGAUCCUCUUCGAGGUCCAGAGGAGGAGCAGUGGAGCCAGUUGGCAGGUGAGAUCAUCGAGCUCAGUGACGAUGAGAACUACCUGGAGGAGGAGGAUGAAGAUGACCUUGUGUUUGUGGAAAACGGCGACACAAGAGGAGGAGGGGCUACAAGCAAUCAGGUGGAGGGGAGCCCUCUGUCAUGUAAGGCCUGUGGAGCACCCCUCCCUGCAGACCCCGCUGCCAUCAGGAGCCACUGUGAGACCCACCUGACCGAGCUGGGGCUCUGCAAGCUGUGCGGCGCCUCGUUUUCAGAUGGCGCUGCCGGCAUCCUCCACUGUCUCUCGCACGUGGGGGUACAGCUCUUCACCUGCGACAUGUGCCGCCUGCAGUUCUGUAGCCUCAACAAACUGUUGCGUCACCGCAACCACUCCGCCUGCAGUUACAGCUUACCACAGGGGGCGCUCAGCAGCAGCCAGGACCCCGGCGCAGAGCUGAAGUGUGGCGUCUGCUGCAAAACCCUCAGCAAGGACUUUGAGGUUGUCAGAGAGCACAUCCUGAGCCACGUCUGCCCCCAGAGCCUCACCUGCGGAGUCUGCCACGCCCCCCAGCUGUCCCUGUGCGCCCUGCUGUGGCACUGCCUCUCCCACGCCUCCCUGCCCGUCUUCUUCUGCCCGCACUGCGCCCUCUGCUUCGUGGAGCGCCCCCUGCUGGACAGGCACAUGAGCGAGCACGCAGAGGAGGCCGCCGCGAAGGAGCGGGCUGGCGGAGGCGGAGCUGCAGGGGAGGUGGAGGAGGUGCACUGCUUCCUGUGCCCGCAGACGUUCCGCUCCCCCUCGGCCUUACAGAACCACCUCACUCUGCACACGCCGGACUCCCUGGGGGGUCACAGCUUGUUAGGUAAACGUAAAAGUGACCAGCCCUCGGACGGCCCCCCACAGACCCUGGGGGGUCUCGGUAAAGUCGUCAGCCUGGAUUUCAGUGCAGGAAUGAGUUUCAACUUGACUGAAAAGUUCCCUCAGGGUCCCUCUGGGGUUCUCACCAACGGGACGUCCGUGCAGGAAGGUGGCGGGGCGCGGGGGAAGUGGUACAGGUGCCGGUUCUGCGGCAAGCGCUUCGCUCACUCGGGGGAGUUCACCUACCACCUCCGAAUCCACACCGGAGAGAAACCCUACCAGUGCAAGGUGUGCCUGCGCUUCUUCAGGGGCCGCUCCACCAUGAUCUGCCACCUGAAGACGCACGCCGGCGCCCUCAUGUACCGCUGCACCGUGUGCAGCCUGUUCUUCUCCACCGUGAAGCUGGUGUCCUCGCACAUGGAGCUCCACAAGGACCAGCUGCCUCCAAACUUCAAGAUCGAGGAGACUUUUAUGUACAACGAUCACUCGAAAGAGCCUCUGCACCACAUAGACUCCUGAUGGACCGGGAGAUGUUUGGACUUAUUAUCUUUAGAACUUUUUAGAUUCAGAUAAACAUAAAUGGACCCCAAUUGGGUUUAGAUUCAGUCACAAACGUGAGCAAAAUGAAGGAGAACAUCCACAGUUGGGAGCCUUUGCAAUGUCUGUUUCUUGUGUUUUCUGUAGUGACAGUGCCUCAAAACUAUAUAGUUUCUACUCACUUACAUCUGUGAUCAGUAAAGUUGUCAGGUGUGUCUCUACCGGACCGUUUCCUCAAACUUCGGACUCCGUUGCCUUAAAUAUAAGAGGAAACUUGUUCUUAAAAUGUUCGUAUUUAUUCUUUUUAUUCAUUUCUACUUGUGUGUAUUUCUAAAUCUGGCUAUUAAAGUUUAUAAAAUGUU